AUGUUGCGGAUGGGGUGGUUACUGGUCGCUCUAAGUGCCUCGGGCGCUUGGGGUAAUUACCUCCCUGUGGAUGAACGAUGCGUGACCGCCAUCUACUCGGCAUACAAUUACAUCACUUUCGCCGGGACUCCGGCUACGGGCAUGUGGGAAACCCGAUGCCAAAAUCCCCUCAAAGUCGCCUCCAUCUACGCAGCAUCGGAGAUCUACUGUUGGGAUGUAGAACAAGCUGCGGGUUUGGCUCAAAUGGCGGCGGAAUGUGAAGAAUACGGACAUCGUCUGCUACUUCCGAGAGAGGCUGUUGCGGAGAAUCUGACCAAAGAUGCGGUGCGAGCCAUGCGUGUUGUGCACUGGUUAGAACUCACUCGAACUAAUGUUAUGGAUGCACCAAUCAUGAUUUCUCCGGGUUAUUAUGAGCAAGUGUAUGAUACCAUCGACUCAUGGCAAUUCGAGACUUGGUCCCACCAUGCGUUUGGAUAUAUUGGUUAUGCUUACUGGGGAGCCUUGAUUCUUCUUGGCAUCGGUUACCGUUUGUGUCACUGGCUCAUGUACUACCGCAAGGCCGGUCCGAGUCGGAGACGAGAAAUCGAGUCGCAAAUAUAUACUGCAACUGCCGGUGGAGCAUGGUAUGAGAAGCUUCCACUAGUAGGAAGUACUGUUCAUUGGAUACAGACUCACCUACUUGUGGCUUCUCCGACUAACAGAGGCCGAGAUGCGUUUCAAUGCACCUUCUCGAAUCGAGCAGAGGCUCUCGCUGUGGCUGGAUUUUGGGUAAUCAGCAUCGUACUCAGCGUGGUCGGAUACCGCACUUUCAUCGGGAAUAUUUACUGGCCUAAUGUCACGGAUCAACUCCUACGGUAUUCCGCAGAUAGGACUGGCAUCAUGUCUUUUGCGAAUCUCCCUCUCUUAUGGCUUUUUGGCGGUCGCAACAACAUCUUGAUCUGGGCGACGGGCUGGAGUUUUGCGAGGUUCAAUGUUUUCCAUCGCCAUGUGGCUCGCGUGGCCACGAUCCAGGCGAUCGCUCAUACGAUUUUAUAUUUCAUUAUCUACUUCAGAGCAAACAAAUUGUGGAAGAUCCUUUAUAAGGUGUAUAUUCUGUGGGGUCUACUUGCUGUCAUUGUGUUGAUACUCUUGCUUGUGGCAUCGCUCGAUCGGAUCCGUUUUGGCAGCUACGAAUUAUUUUUGAUCAUACACAUCUUCCUUUCCGUCAUCACUCUCAUAGGAUGUUUCUAUCAUACAAUCGUGUUCGAGGGUUAUGAAUACUGGAAAUAUCUCUGGCCUUCAGUGGCAAUUUGGGUGUUUGACAGAUUUUUGCGGUUCGUACGUCUAUGCUACUGCAAUAUUCACGUCAGAAUUACAGGACGUGAUAAGAUUCGCACCUCCUCGGCUCGAAUGACAUACGAUGAGGCGACCGAUGUGGUGCGAUUGGAGGUCUUACCCGCUACCCCUUUUCUGCGUCCUACCCCUGGUGAUUACUUCUUUUUAUACCAACCGUUUCGUUGGACUGGCUGGGAGAGCCAUCCUUUCACUGUGGGUGCUUGGGCAUAUGAAGUAGACUCAACAUCUUCAUCAUUGGCUGGGAAGCCGAAUGAGUCCCUUGACAUAUCCCAUAUGCCCCUUCUCCCUAAUGCAUUCAGUCAACAGGAUGAGAUUAUCUCCGCGGAGGCUCCUGCCACGGAGAUCUAUUCAUCCCGGUUAAAAGCAAUCUUCUGGAUCCGUCCAUACGACGGCUGGACCAGACAGCUGCGCCAACAGUGCCUUGAAUCAAAGGAUCAUCCAGUCGAAACGACUAUUCUCCUGGAGGGACCUUAUGGACGUCAUUUUCCGAUUUGGGAAUACGAGUCGGUGUUGAUGAUCAUGGGAGGGACGGGAAUUGCAUCGGCUGUGCCGUAUCUUCAAGACCAUCUUCGGCGAUCAGGGGAGGAGUGGGACGAAACGACCCGCGAAAAGACUCGAACUCGUGAUAUCGAACUCAUCUGGACGGCAAAGCAAUCUGCUUUUCUGAGGGAGUUGGCCAGCCAGGAGCUGAAGCCUUUGAUGACUCGCGAGGACUUCCAAGCGUCUUUCUAUGCGACUAAUGCACCUGAUAUAUCAGAGGACGAUCAAGAUCAAGUCACUUACGACAUCAAAUCUGGUCGACCUCAUUUGCAGUCGCUCAUCAUGACUCGCGCUUCUGAUGCCUCCUCUGCUGGUGUCUCAUUAGUCGUUCUGGUUUGCGGCCCUGCUGGCAUGGCCGACGAGGCGCGAGCGGCCACUCAUCUUGCUAUGCGGCAAGGGUAUGGAUCCAUCAAAUAUGUGGAAGAGUCUUUCGCCUGGUAG